ACAGGAUCUUACAUUUGAAUCUGGUGGAGGAUCAGCCCUGAGAUUCAAUGUUGGCUGCUUCUGAAAUGCGGGAUGCCUGGUGUCAGCCUAUGGCAGCCUUCCAAGGCCCUUUCUCUUUCCUGUCUCAGGAGCUCAAACAUGACCAGGAAGAUCUUCACAAACACCAGGGAGCGGUGGAGGCAGCAGAAUGUCAACAGCGCCUUUGCCAAGCUGAGGAAGCUCAUCCCCACUCACCCUCCAGACAAAAAGCUGAGCAAAAAUGAAACGCUUCGCCUGGCAAUGAGGUACAUCAACUUCUUGGUCAAGGUCUUGGGGGAGCAAACCCUGCAGCAAACAGGAGUGGCUGCUCAGGGAAACAUUCUGGGACUCUUCCCCCAAGGAUCCCACCUGCCGGACAGGACUCUACUCGAUGACUACCAGGUCCCUUCACUUGACCCAAGCCACAGCAUUGCGUAGUGGGGCUCCGGCUGUCAUCACCCAGGACAGCCCUUGCUCUGAAGCCACUGGCUGUUGACAGCCUUUUGCAUGUUCCAGUGUCAACUUGAUGAAUAAUUUGUGAGGAAUGCACUUACGCUUCACAGGAGGUGGCUCAGGGACAGCUGCAGGGAGCCAGACAGAGGCCAUGAGGAAGAUGGCUUUGGAGUCUGCUACCCCCGGAGCUCCAGACAGAGCAGCCUGCCUCUAUUUUAUGUAUCCAGGAUCUGCAUAAGAUGUUGUUUGGGAGGGGGGAAGUGUAGGUUAAAAACAGGCUUGGAAAUCGUUGUUUUACUCAGUAUGUUUUCAAUUAUAAGGAAGGAGUUUUCCCAUAACAGAUCUCAAAUGGAUGAGUAGAAAAUGCUUCCGUCAGAACACAUUUUACAGUUUGUUUUGAAAAAUGAGGUAUAUGUGAUCAAGGGUGAACAAAAUAAGGUUGAUAAAUGUGAAGAGAGCCCUCACAGAAACCAACCUGGAGACUUGUGGAAACGUGAGAGAGACCCUUCUCACACGUGAGGAUUACAGGAACAUAGCAGAUACAUGUGGAAGAGCUCUGCAUCCUUUAUCCCUGUGGAAAUAUGAAGUAUUACCUGCAUUGAACCAUUUAUAUCUUUGUUAUCUCUAAAGCUGAACGGUGGAUUAUAUCUGUUAGAGGAAAGGACUUGAUAAUUUAUGAAUUAGAGUUCAUAGUUUUCUUAUGAAAAACAGGUAGCAAAAAUAGGUUAUCUAACCCCUUAGUUGCACAUGUCAGACAUUAAAACGUUUAAUUCAGCGCAAGUUCCUGCUGAUUUAAGACCUGUUAAAUUCAAAUAUAAUUAUGAAAAUCCAAACACUACCAUUUAACGACUCAUUUAACAGAGAGCUUAGUUUAAACAAAAGAUCUAGAGUAGACAAUAGGAAUGUAAUACCAGACUUUAAUGAAUUAAUGAAUUUGUCAUUUGUCUCCUUCGCUAUGGAGCAUUAGCUCACUCUUACUGGGAGGGGUGGUACCCACUAGUCAACGAAACAGUGUGGAUCUGGCAGAACUACUCACAACCACGUGCCCCCAAUGAUUGGAUUCAAAGACAGAUUCAAGGAUGAAUCCCAUAGCUGAGCCCAGAAUACAAAUAAUGUCAUUUGAUUGUCUCUGGGACAUGUUAUUACCCUAAAGUUCUUGACAGUACAUUGGUUUCAAAACCUUCCGAAGCACAGGUAGGAAAUUGAUGGAUUUGCAGUUAUGGGUUUCCAGUGUAUACAUAAUAGAGGAAUUUAAAUUUCCUGUGACUCGAGAAAGAAGGUAUUGAUUUAUGGAAGGUUGAAGUAAGCCUCUUUGGUUUGGUGAUCAGAAAAAAAGCUAGAUGUGGCUCCCCCAAAAUCUCAUUCCCCCCAAAUAACAAGGUUGUAAUGCCAUUAACAUCUACACAGCAUUCCCACUCAUAGCCCAAAGCAUUUAUCCAAUGCAAUAU